ACAGUUUCUGAGAAAGACACGAGGCAGAGUUGGUUGUGUUGCUUCCAGAGGCCACUGUCACACUAUGGGAUGCAGCCCUUCCAGCAGCGCAACUGGUGAGCAGCCAUCAUCCAAGAACAGCAAAGAAACCAACAAGCAGCCUAAAAAGAAUGCACCUGCGGCCACAGUGAGCACCACCUCUCAAAGAGAAUCCGACAGUUCCUAUGAAGAAAGGUCGCCAAGUGUCAUUACAGUAACGCUACCAUCACCCGAAGAAACAAACACUGGACAAAAUACAGGCAUCAGAAGUGGACUUACUAAGAAGCCAAUGGGAUUAGCAGGAAGAGAAAAGAAGAGUUCAGCAGAUAUCUUGACAGAGCUUAGGACACAAGGAAUAAUCAAGAUGACAAGUGGCAUGUCUCAAAACAGACAGGGAGAGGACACCAUGUUGUUGGCUACAGGAAGGCCACCACAGAAGCCACCAGCUAAACUGGAAAAAGCUUGAAAUUAAAAGAGAGAGAAAGAGAACAACUCUAACAAUACAGGAACACGGAGAAGCAAGGUGAACGCGAUUUGAAGAGAGAAAGAAGUCCAUUUAUAUUGCUUGCAGCCUAAGUUAUUGCUAGAGCUCCCAAAAAAUAUGUAUAUUCAAGACUCAUACAUGAAUACUCAUCACAACAUAUCUCCUAAAUCAGGGAAGCAGCUUUUUUUUUUUAAAAAAAAAAUCAAACUCAGAUCUUUCUGCUGUGCAGGAGUUACUUUUAAACAAGUGAAAUGGCUGGGCUGAAAACAAGUUUUACAACCCCUCAUAGCAAACAUACCAAGAAUAGAAAAUAAAGUUGCUGAAUUUUGCGUGAGUCGCACGCACAGAUCUAUUUCAGCCCAGUGGAGAGGCAACAGCAGUUUUAAAAAAAAUAAUCCUAUUUCCAUAUUUUUAAUAUUUUUAAUAUGCUAUCAAUUUGUGGGAGAGGCAGGGUUGGAGGCUGUGCUAUCUGGUACCCUGCAAUGAAGGUUAUUAGAUCUUGUUGAGUCUACAUGUAAACUUGUAUAUGUAUAUUUUCUGCGCAUAAAUAAAUGACUGAUGCCUAAA